AAGCAAGAUGGCGUCUGACGGUGAAGACGUUAUUGCAGUCGUCACAGUUCAGUGUUCUUAAUCUGUGCGUCCAUGUACACAUAUAUGUCCUUUAUUACACUCUAUUAAAUAGAGUAACAUCGUUAAUAACUGUUUGCAUCCGGUUAUAUUAGUCUGAGCGCACUUCUCGAGCUAGCUUAGCUUGCUAGUUAGCUUAGCUUGUUAGCUGCUAACAAAGAGAGAUGAAAACACAUCGCUAAGCAGAGAUCAAGUGUGAGUGUAAAGUGUUGUGAUUGUGUGAAAAUGUGCGAAAGAACCAUAGCAGAGUACGAGGAGGAACUUUGUCCAACAAAAGAGGAGAAGGAGCGACAACAUGAAAAACAUCAAGUUGUGUUACACACAACAGACAUCCAUCAGCUGAUUGAACACCAAGAAGAAUGUCUCCCUCAUCUGCAGGGGGACAGUUUCAUUUUAGAGGAUUCACAGCGCUCACAUUUUAAAGGGGGCGAGGAGGAUCCACAGCCCCCCUAUUUUAAAGAGGAAGAGGAGGGAGAGUGUGUUGUAGGGCAGGAGGAGGAUGAUGUCAGCAAGUUUCCACUGACUGUUGUCUCUGUGAAGACUGAAGAGCAUGAAGACAAAGCACCUGAGUCCUCACAGCUUCAUCACAGUCCAAACGUUCAACAGCCCCUUCACAUUAAAGAGGAAGAGGAUGAUCCACAGCCCACCCACAUUAAAGAGGAAGAGGAGGAUCCACACAUGAAAGAGGAAGAGGGGGGAGAGUGUGUUGUAGGGCAGGAGGAGGAUGAUGUCAGCAAGUUUCCACUGACUGUUGUCUCUGUGAAGACUGAAGAGCAUGAAGACAAAGCACCUGAGUCCUCACAGCUUCAUCACAGUCCAAACGUCCAGCGGGUGUCAGCGGGGAGUCAUGAAGAGGAGUGGCACACCAGUGUGGGACAGAAGGAGCUACAGGCCCCCUCCCACAUUAAAGAGGAGCAGCUUCAUGAUGAAGAUGAAGCUCAGUCCUUACAGCUUCAUCACAGUCAAAGUGAGGAGAACAGAGGGGCAGAGCUUGUAAGUCAACACAUCACAGAAGCUGAUGGAGAGCAUUGUGAAGAUAUCAAGUCAGAACCAGACAGCAUCUUUGCUCCACUGUCAGACAUGGACCACAUGAUGUCACACUCUUCUGAUCACAGUGACCACAUCCAAAAACCUUUGGAGAGUAAAAAUGACUCUAAAGGUGAUACGAGACAUCACACUAACAACAAACACUUUGACUGCUCUGAUUGUGGGAAAUUAUUUAGAUGGAAGACUGAUUUUACAAGACACAUGAGAAUACAUACUAGAGAGAAACCUUUUACUUGCUCUGUUUGUAAGAAGAGUUUCUCCACAAAGCAAAACAUGACCACACACAUGAGAACACACACUGGAGAGAAACAUUUUAGUUGCUCUGUUUGUAAGAAGAGUUUCUCCAGCAAGGAAAACAUGACCACACACAUGAGAACACACACUGGAAAGAAACCUUUUGCUUGCUCAGCUUGUGCUAAAAGAUUCAACACUAAGAAUGACAUGAUAUUACACAUGAGAACACACACAGGUGAGAAACCUUUUACUUGCUCUGUUUGUAAGAAGAGUUUCUCUAGAAAGCAACACAUGACCACACACAUGAGAACACACACAGGUGAGAAACCUUUUACUUGCUCUGUUUGUAAGAAUAAUUUCUCUAGAAAGCAACACAUGACCAGACACAUGAGAACACACACAGGAGAGAAACCUUUUUCUUGCUCAGCUUGUGCUAAAAGAUUCAACACUAAGAAUUACAUGAUAUUACACAUGAGAACACACACAGGUGAGAAACCCUUUACUUGCUCUGUUUGUAAGAAGAGUUUCUCCAGAAAGGAACACAUGACCAUACACAUGAGAACACACACUGGAGAGAAACCUUUUGCUUGCUCAGCUUGUGCUAAAAGAUUCAACACUAAGAAGAAAAUUGUAUUACACAUGAGAACACACACUGGAGAGAAACCUUUUGCUUGCUCAGUGUUAGAAUAAUUAUGUAUAUAUUAACACACUAACUUUAGUAUGCUUAAAGUUUGUCGCUUUAGUUAUUAGUUAUUGUGCUCAAGUUAGACUUUUCUAUUUUGUGCAAGGACAAAAACUUCUUGUCUGAGGGGUGGCCUCAGCCCCAGAUGUUUUCUUUGUUUUAGCCCGCUAACAGCCAAGGACUUCAAGGACCUCAACGAAGAUAAGACGACAGCACGCAGACGAAGCAGAGACUUUAAGGACCUCAAUGAAGAUAAGAUGACAACACGCAGACGAAGCGGAGACAAGGCGAAAUCACAAGGCCCCCACCACAUUCUGUCACGUAUUGUGCGUCCUGGACCUGCUUUGCAUAAUAUA